CCUGUGACGUACCUACAUGGCCAACCGUUGACAGCUGAACCACAAAUGCUCCUAAAAUGAGCUUUUUAGCAACAUAACAAACAUUGUAAACAUUUCAAGACUGGUUGUUUUUUUUUGCAUCAGCAUGAACUGAAACGGUCAUCGACCCCGCGACACCUGCACGACCGGUUUACUCUGCGGACUAAAGGCUGUUUUAUAGACAUCAUCAUGUCGUUUCUGGUGGACUCUGUCAUCAUGUUCACCUCACAGGUGCUGUUCUUUGGAUUUGGCUGGUUAUUCUUUAUGCGGCAGCUGUUCAAAGAUUAUGAGGUGCGCCAGUAUGUCGUCCAGGUGGUUUUCUCCGUCACUUUUGCUUUUUCAUGUACAAUGUUUGAGCUCAUCAUCUUUGAGAUUCUGGGUGCCUUAAGUAGCAGCUCUAGGUAUUUUCACUGGAAGCUGAAUCUGUAUGUGAUACUGCUGGUCCUAAUCUUCGUGGUGCCUUUCUACAUCGGUUACUUUGUUGUCAGCAACAUACGCUUGUUGCAGAGACAGAGGCUUCUGUUCGCUUGUAUGGUGUGGUUUACCUUCAUGUAUUUCUUCUGGAAGUUGGGAGACCCAUUCCCCAUCCUGAGUCCAAAACACGGCAUCCUGUCCAUCGAGCAGCUAAUCAGUCGUGUUGGUGUGAUCGGAGUCACCCUCAUGGCUCUGUUGUCUGGCUUUGGUGCGGUUAACUGUCCCUACACGUACAUGUCCUAUUUCCUCAGAAAUGUAACCGACAGUGACAUCCUGGCUCUGGAGAGGCGGCUGCUGCAGACUAUGGACAUGAUUGUCAGCAAAAAGAAACGAAUUGCCAUGACCCGGAGGCAGAUGUACCAACGCGGGGAAGACCAGAACAAACAGACAGGAUUCUGGGGCAUGAUCAAGAGUGUUACCUCCACACAAACAGGCAGCGAAAACCUUUCUCUGAUCCAGCAGGAGGUGGAUGCUCUUGAGGAGCUGAGCCGGCAACUCUUUCUUGAGACUGUGGACCUGCAAGCCACCAAGGAGCGAAUUGAGUAUUCAAAGACAUUCCAGGGAAAAUACUUCAACUUCCUCGGCUACUUCUUUUCCAUCUAUUGUGUUUGGAAAAUCUUCAUGGCUACUAUAAACAUUGUGUUUGAUCGAGUUGGAAAGACAGAUCCAGUGACGAGGGGUAUUGAGAUUACAGUGAACUACUUGGGCAUCCAGUUUGAUGUAAAAUUCUGGUCCCAACACAUCUCUUUCAUCUUGGUGGGAAUAAUAAUAGUUACAUCCAUUCGUGGCUUAUUAAUCACCCUCACUAAGUUCUUCUAUGCAAUAUCAAGCAGCAAGUCCUCCAAUGUCAUCGUGCUUGUCCUCGCUCAGAUCAUGGGGAUGUAUUUUGUGUCAUCUGUGUUGCUGAUGCGAAUGAGCAUGCCUCUGGAGUAUCGCUCCAUCGUGACAGAGGUUCUGGGAGAGCUGCAGUUCAACUUCUACCAUCGUUGGUUUGACGUCAUCUUCCUGGUCAGCGCCCUAUCCAGCAUCCUCUUCCUUUACCUCGCCCACAAGCAGGCACCAGAGAAGCACAUGGCCCUCUGAUCUCCUGCAACGCCUCUCACCUGCAUGUGACUCCUGAGCACUGGGUGACUUUAAAUCUGGAUUUUAGGGAUAUCCAGAAAUCAGGUAUUUUUUUAUAUAUGGGACAUAAUUGUUUGGACUGCCUGUUCCUGAAUCAGGAAUGGCUGCUGGACUCGGGUGGGGGACUAAUGGAGCACAUUGGAGAGGAAACGACUCUGAAAGUGGACUUUGUUGAAUCUAAGUAUUUAGAGAACAAAUACUACUAUUAGGAAUUUGAUUUCACUUGCAAAUGCAAACACUUCAUUCUUUGUGCUCUUUAAUUUUUAUUGUCUUUUUUUGGCCCAAAUGAUCUUUUCCUGUUUUUUGUUUGAGGACACUGGAGCUGUUCUGUUCACAGCGCACCCCCGCGUCACUCCUACUGAGAUGUAAAUGGAAUAUAUAUGAGGGAAAGAUCGAUAUGUCAAGAUCACGCUGAAGCAAAAUAUGUCACUUGAAUUGGAGCAAAACAAAUAACCAUAAAGGAAACUUAAUUCAGAUGGUAUGUGUUCAUUUAUUUAUGUUCAUGGAUUUUUUUUAGAACUGGGAACAACAAAGUUUAAUUUUCAGAGCAUUAAAUAAAGGCAGCUGUCUUUUGCAUUGAGCAAAAUACAUGAAAGUCCACAGUAUUUACUGCAAACAAUAGUGUUAGCUUAAGCACUGAAGACUGUAGGUAUCUGGGUAUAACAUUGCUAAUUUUAAAUUUUGGAGACAUGACACAAUCGUCAGAUUGUUGCAAAAGCUCAUCUACAAGAAGGUCUACUUGU